UUGUCCGCAUCUGCAAGUGUGCUUGUGUGGGCACUGUUAGUGCGUGAGAGUGUGCGCGCACAUCUGGGAGAUUCAUUACUCCACGCGCGGAGUCCACCGAUGGAAAGUAUGAUUCAGGACGAUGCUGAUGCCUCUUUGACUCAGCGGGGACGAGAAGAGAGGGAGAGACUGAGACAAAGGAACAGACGUGAUGGAGGAGAGAGAGAGAGAGAGAGAGAGAGAGAGAGAGAGAGAGGAAGAUAAUGAGAUGGAGAUCCCCAUGGAGGAAGAUGUGUUUACAUUCCAUCAGCUUGCACCUCUUUUAGCUGCAGAAAUAAAGAAGAACACACACACACACACACACACACACACACACACACACACACACACACACACACACCCACCUGUAUCAAGCUUCUCAUUUUCACCAGGGAUCUACAGUCAUGCCAGUUUUCGCACUUGUAAAAUAUUGGAAAACUCGGGCAGCCAACAUGUGUGUGUGUCUGUGUGUGUCUGUGUGCGUGUCUGUGCGCCUGGGAAACCUGCGUGAAGCCGUCAACACACACAGACACACACGCAGAUGCGCAGAGUUCCUUCCAUCCAGCUGUGUUUCUCUCUGGGAGAUAUGCAGCUCAGUUCAUCGCCAGACAGACGGAUAAUAUAUGGCCCCCGCUCCUGCCUCACACACACACACACACACGCACGCACGCACGCACGCACGCACACACACACACACACACACACACACGCUCUCUCAAACAAAUACAUAACCACAUUAGAACUUUGUAAGAGUCGCGUGCUCCUCGCCCAGAUCUCCCUCUCACCAACUUCCCCCUUGUUUCUUUUGGAUGCUUCAAAUUACCGAGGAAGCCGUGGUGAUCCGCGCCCUGGAUGCCAAAUUGAGAAGGAGGCAAGGAGGCAACCAAAUAAAGAAGACAGACAUUCAAUCACAGCCUCCGUGGAGCUGCGGCGGGGAUAAGCCGAGCAGCUGUGGUUUCUAAUCGUGGAUAAAGGCAGUGCAGCGAGGACGACGCAGGAAUGAGUCCGGCGAGACCUUUCCCCUGGCUCCUCUGCUUCCUGUGUGCAGCCGCACCGGGCGCAGGUGUGGGCGGGGCCAGAGCGGCCAACGCGUCAGAAAUGUGCCGCCACGCGUGCGACGACCUGGUGGACUUGAUCACCGAGAUCCACGGCCUGCGCAUCGUGACCAGCAACCUGCUCGUGGACCUGGAGAGGGUGUCCAAAGAAAACGAAGAGAUGCGCGUGUCUUUGGCCGAUCUGAGCAGCAGCAGUGGAGGAGGAGGAGGAGGAAGAGGAGGAGGAGGAGGAAGAGGAGGAGACGGGGAGGUGUGGUGCGCGCAGGACGGACGUGUGUACGAGCAAGGGGAGGACUGGGAGAUUGACAGCUGCACGUCCUGCGCUUGUUGGGAAGGUAAAGUGGUGUGUCACCACGUGUCCUGUCCUCCCGUGUCCUGCGUCAACCCGUCCUUCAUUGACGACAAGUGCUGCCCCGUCUGCCUCCGAGAUGAAGACGGCUGGUCCCCGUGGUCGGAGUGGACCCACUGCUCGUCCACGUGCGGCCGUGGAGGUCAGCAGCGCGGCCGCUCCUGCAACGGCAUCGUGCCGUCGUGCGCCGGGCCGUCGGUUCAGACCCGCAGCUGCAGCAUCGCCAAGUGCGAGCGUAAAGUCCACUCUGACGGGAACUGGGGCCUCUGGUCUCCGUGGUCCGCGUGCACCACCACAUGUGGCGACGGCAGCGUCACGCGGGUGCGUCUCUGCAACAACCCCCCGUCCAGGAAGGGGGGCAGAGGCUGCGCCGGCGGCGGCGUGGAGACGCGGCCGUGCAACAACACGCUCUGUCCCGUCGCCGGAGGCUGGACAACCUGGACUGAAUGGUCGCGCUGCUCGGAGUCAUGUGGAGGAGGCCUCGUGCGCCGCCAGCGGGACUGCGUGAACCCUGCUCCUCAGAACGGAGGGAGGCCGUGCGCCGGAGACGCUGCAGACUAUGAAGCCUGUAACAAACAGCCCUGUCCCAUAGACUCGUGUCUGCUGUCCAAUCCCUGUUUUCCUGGGGUGAAGUGCACGUCCCACGUUGACGGCUCGUGGGAGUGUGGACGCUGCCCCGUGGGUUUGCAGGGCAACGGGACCCACUGUGAAGAUGAGAACGAGUGUGAGGUGGAGGGUGUGUGUGUGACCCAGUGUGUGAACACAGACCCCGGCUUCUACUGCCUGCCCUGCCCUCCUCGCUAUAAAGGCUCCCAGCCCUUCGGCCUCGGGCUGCAGGAGGCCCAGACCAUCAAACAGGUGUGCGAGCCGCACAACCCCUGCAAAGACCAGACGCACACCUGCCACAGGUUCGCCGACUGCUUCUACCUGGGCCUGGCGUCUAAGGCCCUGUUCAGGUGCUCGUGCAGUGUGGGCUUCGCGGGCGACGGCUCCCUGUGCGGCGAAGACUCGGACCUGGACGCGUGGCCCAACAACAAGCUGCCCUGCAGAGAGAACGCCACCUACCACUGUCAGAAGGAUAACUGCCCCACAAUCCCAAACUCCGGCCAGGAAGACUUGGACAUGGACGGACAGGGGGACGCCUGCGACCCCGACGACGACAACGACGACAUCAUGGACGAGAGGGACAACUGCCCGCUGGUCUACAACCCCCGGCAGUUCGACUCGGACGCAGACGGGGUCGGGGACCGCUGCGACAACUGUCCGUUCGACAGCAACCCGCUGCAGACGGACACGGACGGCGACGGCGAGGGAGACGCCUGCAGCGUGGACGUAGACGGAGACGAGAUCCUGAAUGAACGUGACAACUGUCCCUUAGUCUACAACACUGAGCAGAGGGACACGGACCUGGACGGAGUUGGAGACCAGUGUGACAACUGUCCCCUGCUGCACAACCCACUGCAGCUCGACUCCGACAGCGACCUUGUGGGGGACGCGUGCGACGACAACGACGACGUCGACGAGGACGGCCGCCAGAACUCCCUGGACAACUGUCCCUACGUCGCCAACGGCAACCAGGCGGAUCACGACGGCGACGGGAGGGGCGACGCCUGCGACCAUGACGAUGACGACGACGGCGUCCCCGACAACCGGGACAACUGCCGACUGGUGCCCAACCGGGACCAGCUGGACUCGGACGGCGACGGCAGCGGCGACGCCUGCUUCGACGACUUCGACAACGACAGCGUUCCAGACGCGCUGGACGCCUGUCCGCUGAAUCAGGACAUCGGCUCCACGGACUUCAGGAAGUUCCAGGUGGUUCUGCUGGACCCCGCGGGCACCACGCAGUCGGACCCCCUGUGGGUGGUCCGCGGCCAGGGCACGGAGCUGCUGCAGGCGGCCAACUCGGACCCGGGCAUCGCUUUGGGAUACGACAAGUUCAGCUCGGUGGACUUCAGCGUGACGUUCUACGUGAACACCGACCGCGACGACGACUACGCCGGCGUCGUGUUCUCCUACCAGUCCAGUCGGCGCUUCUACGUGGUCAUGUGGAAACAGGUGUCGCAGGCCUACUGGGAGAAAAGGCCCUUCAAGGCCUUCGCCACCGCCGGCGUCUCCAUCAAGCUGGUGAACUCCACCACUGGCCCGGGGGAGCAUCUCCGCAACGCCCUAUGGCACACGGGGAACACCAGGAACCAGGUCCGGACGCUGUGGCACGACCCCAGUAAAACCGGCUGGAGGGACUACACGGCCUACCGCCUGCACCUCAUCCACAGGCCCCGGACCGGGUUCAUCAGGGUGGUGGUGUACGAGGGCAGGCAGAUCCUGUCGGACUCGGGCGCGGUGUACGACCACGCGCUGGCCGGAGGCCGGCUGGGCCUGUUCUGCUUCUCUCAGGAACACGUCCUCUUCUCAGACCUCAGAUACGAGUGCAGAGACAACUGAAGUAUUUGGUGGAACAUUCAGGAAACGACCAACCAGAGAGGCACAUUCAUUUCAUUAACUGCUAAUAUGUGUAACUGAGAGAGAGAAAAUGUGAGCGGAUGUGUUUUUAUUCACCCAAGUCUAUUAAUUAGUGGAUCCCGUCUAUCUAUCAGCUUUUAAUGCAGCCGUAUUGAUCCCAGACUCCCCUUCGCUGUAUAUCACUGCAGAGCUCUGAUAGCAUUUCUAAUGACAACGACUUCUUGUUGCUUUUCAUUUGUGUCUUCCUGAUGGUUGUAAAUAAUAAUUUAUUGCCACGUGCCAGAUUUGAAAGGGAGCGGUGUGAGGAUAAAUGAUGACUGGUGGUAACUUAUCAAUAAAAGACGUUUUCCAAGUU